AUGCGCAGUCGUGUACACUGUACAGUUCGCUUGCUGCUCGUACCUGCCUUGUGUUUAUUUACACGCGGAUUUGGGGGAUAAUUACUUCAUAUCAGCGCUUAAUUAUCGACGCUGAAACAUACCAAAAAAACCGAAACCAUGACAGAUGAGCAAGAAAUAAUGUGCAAAUUAGAAAAUAUUUUGGAAAUAAGGAAUAAAACUCUCCAGCUGCAGAAGAUCAAAUCCAGGCUGAAGAGCGAGUUCGAAGCCCUUGAAGCUGAAGAGAAACAUCUGAGAGAAUACAAGCAGGAGAUGGACCUGCUCCUCCAGGAGAAGAUGGCCCAUGUUGAGGAACUGCGCCUGAUCCAUGCUGAUAUCAAUGUGAUGGAGAGCACCAUCAAGCAGUCAGAAAACGAUCUGAACAAACUUCUGGAGACCACACGACGGCUGCACGACGAAUACAAGCCCCUGAAGGAGCACGUUGAUGCUCUGAGGAUGACUCUUGGUCUGAACCGGCUGCCCAACCUUAACGAGGAAGAGGAGAGGCUUUCGCUGGAUUACUUUGAGAAACAGAAGGCCGAAUGGCAGAAAGAGCCACACGAGCCCAUCAUUCCCGAAUCUCUAGCAGCAGCAGCUGCCGCCGCUCAACAGCUUCAGGUCUCCAGAAAACAAGACCCGCGGCAGCCAGCCACUUUCAGACAGCAGCCUCCACCCAUGAAGGCAUGCCUAUCUUGUCAUCAGCAAAUUCACCGCAAUGCACCCAUCUGUCCACUGUGUAAAGCAAAGAGUCGUUCCAGGAACCCCAAGAAACCCAAGAGGAAGCCUGAUGAGUAAAUAAAACGGGAACUUAUUUUUCCAUGUCCCCCUUUAGAGCUUUGUUUACCGUAAAGCGUGUCAUAGUCCCUUCUGUGUCGUGUACUCGAUCGGAAUAUACGAAACUUUAUACGAUCGUAUUGGAAUCAUCCACGCAAUAAUGAAUAUCGUCAGCGUUACUUUAACACCCAUGCGUGAACAGUUUCUACUGACAUUCAUUUACACAUUUUGACAUUUUUGUGUAUUACCAAGUAAUAGGUAUGUAGUUUGUUAUUAAACACAGAUGGUAUUUGUCUUUUUAUGGUAGCAGAAACUGCAAAUUAUGAUAAAGCAGUGUUUGUAUUAGACAUUAAUAAUGCUGAAAUUGUAGCCUUGCAUGUUCGGUGUCUUUAAAAAUUGUAAUAAUUAAAAAAAAAAAAAUCGCGACUAGUUUGUUCAUUUGAUGAACCAAACCUGAUGAAAACAUCCCGUAACCGUUAAUGAAAAGUGUUAAAUGUUGAAUGUUUUUAUAUUUCCGUUUUUAAAAAAAAAAAAAAAAUUAAAUAUUUGUCAGAUGGUGUACAGUGCAUUUUAAAUGAUAAACUAUGUUGUUCAAUAAAACAUAAGUCAUGCAAUGA